UUUUGUGAUUCCAUUCCACUCCAUUACGAAAAAUACUAGCUGCAGAGGUUAAUAAAAAUAGAAAAUAUUUAUCAAAUUUUCUGUUUUAUAUUAAUGUACAAGAAAAUAAUGUUAUUGUGAAAUAUGUGGCGGAGCUCAUUACUUUUUUCCAAAAUCUUCAGCAAUACUUCUAAAGGGAUUAUUGCUCAAGAGAAUAUAUCACAAUCAUGGCUUCAAAAAAGUAUAUUCACCUCUUCUCAUCUGAAAAUGUUUAUUCAAACGCAAGAAACCCCAAAUCCAAAUAGUUUAAAGUUUGUACCGGGAGUACAAGUUCUAGAACCUGGCUCAACUAUCGAUUUCCCAAAUGGACAGGCAGCUUAUUGUUCUCCUUUAGGAAAAUUACUUUUUAGAGUAGAAGGUGUGAAGAGUGUGUUUUUAGGUCCAGAUUUUAUUACUAUAACCAAAGCAGAGGAUGAUGAAGUUAGUUGGAAACUGCUGAAACCAGAGAUUUUUGCCACAAUUAUGGAUUUCUUUGCAAGUGGUUUACCUGUUUUAAAUGAAGCUAGUCCGAAUCAAGAUACACAAAUUAAUGAAGAUGAUGAUGAAACAGUUCAGAUGAUUAAAGAACUGUUAGAUACUAGAAUUAGACCAACUGUGCAAGAAGAUGGUGGUGAUAUAAUAUUUGUUGCUUAUGAAGAUGGAAUAGUAAAGCUGAAGAUGCAGGGUGCUUGCUCCAGUUGUCCAAGUUCGGUAGUUACUUUAAAGAAUGGGGUUCAAAACAUGAUGCAGUUUUAUAUACCUGAAGUAAUCGGAGUAGAACAAGUUUUUGACGAAGCCGAUAAAGUUUCAGAGAAUGAAUUUAAGAAAAUAGAUGAAAAAGUUUCUGCUAAAGAAGACUCCAAAUAGUUUAAAGUAUAUUGUGAUUAGUGAUUCUCAUAAGUUGUAAGUGGAGCAUGUACAUAUUUUAAAUAAAUGUUAUUUUGUUGAU